AUGCCGCCCCCCGCCUACCCGUGGGCCAACGCCGCGCCCUCCUCCCGCCUCUCCCCCGACAUGUCAGACCGCCCCCAACACCAGCGCUCAGAGUCCGAGGUCAUCGCCGCCUCUGCCCUCCGCCAGCCCUCGACCAUCCACCGCUCAAACGCCUCCACCCCUCCCUCCCAGCAUUCUCCCUCAGGCCUCCGCUCUCGCCCCUCCCCCCGCAAAGACAAGGGCACCCACGUCCUCACCAAACCCAAAUCUUCACCCAACCUCUCUGUCCCCUCCAGCGCGCGAGACUCGACCGUCCGCCAUGUCUCCCACUCGUCUGGCGCAGAGCGGAUCAUCAAGGGGACAAGCCGCUGGCUGCGUGACAAGCUGGACAUGGGCGGGGCAGAGAAGAAGGAUGAUGGUUGGUUGAUCUUGGACUUGCACUCGCCGUCCGUCGUGAGCGAAUCGACCAACAGUCGCGCUGUGCCAGCCUACGACCAGCGUGGGUAUCCCACUCGCCAAGCCUCGUUCGAGACGGCUCGUCCUGUUGCUGGACCGCCCACCCCGCAUUCCCCUACCGGCCCGCUCAUCUCCGAUCCCGAGAUCAGAAACUACCUCUCCGACUCUCACAACGGCAGACACCCCCAAGGCUCUCUCGGCUACUCGCACAAAGCCAGCCUCUCCCCACUCGCCGCCCACUUUCCCGUCGGUCUCUCGGCUUUGGACACUUCUGCCGAGUCAGACUUUUUCCCAGGCGGCCAUUCCAACCUCAGCUUUGGGAGCGGGCCGCGUCUGGCACCGAGCAUCUACGAGUCUUCUAUGCGCAGUCAUGCUUCUUUAUCAAGCUUCCAGGACAGCGAUACGGAUAGUGUCGCACAGCUGCGAGAGGAUGACCCGUUCACGAGAGUCAUGGCGCUGGGCGCAGGCAUCAACGGGGAAAAGGAGAGGAGAAAGAGGAAUGGACUGCAAUCAAUGUAUACCCUCAAGAGCUUGAGGUUAAGGCCGAAUCAAAAGAAGCGGGAGAAUAGCAAGCUGUUUGAUCUGUUGCCAUUUCACAUCGAUCCUUCCCAAUGGCACGAUAUGGAUCCAGAAGAAGACGACUCGCUACACCAUCCUGACGCUAUGGACAAGCACGAUACGGCCUACUUUACCAAACGCGGUCUUGCCAACCUCGGCUGUCUACUCUUCUUGCUCUUGGCAGUCGUCAUGAUCUUUGCCGGCUACCCUGUCCUCACCUACUAUUACCCCCCGCACCACAUGGACAAUAACGUUGGCUACAACCUCGGCGGUAUCAACGCAACAGGCCAAGUCCCGAGCAUCACCAACUUUUUCCAGCUCAUCGACCCCGAUACACCCCCAGAGGCUUACACGCAUAUGAGCGCAGAGACGGGCGAAGAGUGGGAGUUGGUGUUUUCGGACGAGUUUAAUCAGGAGGGGAGGACUUUUAAUCCUGGCGAUGAUCCGUUCUGGGAAGCUGUGGAUCUGCACUAUUGGCAGACGAAUAAUUUGGAAUGGUAUGACCCUAAGCGUUUGACGACCAAGGACGGCAAGCUGGUUAUCACUUUGGACAAGAUUGUCAGUCACGGGAUGAACUUUGAAGGUGCCAUGAUGUCAAGUUGGAACCAGUUUUGCUUUAGCGGAGGGUACAUCGAAGGCACCUCCAUCCUCUUUCUUGCUCCGAAACUCGCGCUAACCCUCUGGCCUGCUAUCUGGACUAUGGGCAAUCUCGGACGUGCCGGCUAUGGCGGGACGCUAGAUGGUACUUGGCCAUACAGCUACGACACUUGCGACGUCGGUACGCUUGCCAACCAAACCCUCAACGGCAAACCCGAAACAUCUCUCACGAACGGUGAUCCCAACAACGGCAACGAACUCUCUUACCUCCCCGGCCAGCGAUUGUCGAGCUGCACGUGCGAGAAUGAUCCGCAUCAUCCUGGGCCAAAGCAUGAGGAUGGGACGUGGGUGGGAAGGUCGGCGCCGGAGAUUGAUAUCUUUGAGGCUACUAUCGAGGACCGGAAAGGAAAAGUGUCUCAAUCGGGUCAAUGGGCGCCUUUCAGUUCACAUUACUAUUUCAAGAAUACAUCCGACAACUAUUACAAGAUUUAUGAUGAGGAUGAGACCCAGGUGAACACGUAUAUGGGGAGUGUUUAUCAGCAGGCUACUUCGGCUGUGACUGUGACGAAACAAAAUUGCUACACCAACGAAAAGGGAUGUUUCGAGUCCUAUGGAUUUGAAUACGAAGAAGGCUCAGACGGAUAUAUCACAUGGAUCAACGAUAACAAGAAGGCUUGGACCAUUCGUGGGUCUGCGAUGGGCCCUGAUGAAGAAGCCGAAGUCGGUCAGAGGAUCGUCUCGGACGAGCCAAUGUAUAUCAUUCUCAAUCUCGGUAUCUCGGAGAACUUUGGUGCUAUCCAUUAUGUGGGGUUGGAUCCGCUAUGGCCUAUCUCUAUGGAGGUCGAUUAUGUCCGAGUAUAUCAAGACCCGAAGAAGAGAAACAUCGGGUGCGAUCCUGCGGAUAGGCCUACUGCUGCAUACAUCGCGCAAUUCCCUGAAGCAUACUCUGAUCCCAAUAUCACGGUAUUUGAUAACGUCCCCGGCGCCACCUGGCCAAAGAACCGAUUGAUAGAUGAUUGUUGA